UAUAUCCGGGCUUCUUUCAGUGGCGCUGGGUUGGAAGCAUGGAGUUCCAGGGCGAGCGCGGGACCGGUCCUGGUGUUUCUUCGUCUUCUGUAGCCUGCUCGCAGGUCACGGUGUCCAGGGAGCUGCUGACGGCGGGGAGCGAGGGUUCGGGAGGUAUCUGGGACCAGUUGCUCAUCAGCUCUAAGCCUCAUCCCAGAAAGACCUCUACACUUCAAACAGUUCGGAUGCAGAGGAGCCCUUUGCUAGACCAGGUUCAGGCCUUCCUCCCACAAAUGGCCCAGGCAAAUGAGAAGCUGAGGAGGGAAAUGGCAGCUGCUCCAGCUGGUCACUUCAAUAUUGAAAACAUCGACGAGACGUCUGGAAACAUCAUACAGAUGGAUGUGGCCUUAUUUGAGAUGAGUCGGUCAGAUUCAAAAGAGGAGGAUAGCCCAGAAGAGAGCUCUCGGGACAGUUCUGGGGACAGCUCGGAGUCCGAAGAAGAUGUCUGCGUUCCCUCUGAAGUCACCAUCGAGAACAUUAAGCUUCCGAAUGCAGAAGGUGGCAAAGGCAAGAUUGAAAUUUUGGACAGUCCGGCAAGUAAAAAAAAGAAGCAGUGAAAUGACCCACAUGGAAGGAGCAGGCACUUCCCCGCCUGGGGGCCAGGGGCAGGGCGGCCUGUUCCGAUCAGCUGUUGUCCUUACGUGUCACAAAGAAUCAUGAACCCAGGUGUAUUUUACAUAGAAAGUGCUCAGAGCUUGGACGCAGAGAGCGUAGUGCUCUUGGACACUGAGAAAGGAAAUAAGAAAUGACAAUAUUGGUUGAUGCAGAUGUUUGCUCUAGAGUGUGGGCUGUAACUCUUGACUCAUCUACACUGAAAUGUAGCUAUUGGUUACAAGAUUCCCACUGCCAGUUUGGGGUUUUGGUAUGUUUUAUAUCAAGGCAGGUUGCAGUUUGUUAUGUAUGAACUGGGUACUAGAGACAAGCCCAGGAUGACAGCCCCCUGCCAUUUAAGGUGUGACGGUGCCUAUAUUCAGUUCAGGAAAACCCAAGCUGCCUUUUAAAGAUUUGUAAGGGAUAGCAGUUGACAUCCUUUUAGAGCAGAUUGAUCUUUGCUCCUUCUGUGAAGAGAGUUUAGAAACAACUAUGUGCUAUGUCACUGUCUUGUGUGUGAGUGUGAAGUCAUGUAAAAUUGUCAUUUCAAAUUAUAAUGCUACUGACAGCCCGAGGAAUGCCUCCAGUUCUAGUAAGCUUACAGUGUGGAUGACCUGUAGCUGUUUCACUGACUAACCAGUCUUAGAUGAUGUUAUCAGGGUUAGCAAGUGCCAGCAGCGGGAAGACGAGCGGUCUGUUCAGGAGGCUACUUGAGUAGAGGAACCAUGUCCCUGUGACUUGGAGGAGAUGGUAACACCCCUGUCGUUUAUCCUGGUGGUUUGCCGUACCAUGUGAUACUUCAUCUUUGCCACCUCUGAGCCAGGGUCUCUGAUUGGUCCUGGAAGCUACUGUUCCACAGUCAUGCUGGGUUAGGGCAUCAAGCCUGGACUACAGUUUUCCCACCCUCUAGCACUUCUCACCCUCUGUACCUUCCUCCAUAGUCCCUGAGCCCCUAGAAAGAAAAAGGUAUCCUGGUCAUUUUCCUCCUGAGAACAGAGCAGAGUAAAAUGUUCAAGGCACGCAUAACUACCUGACUGAAGAGAGUCUGCCGUGUAUAGGUCAGAUCAUCAUGGGUUACAAUCCUUGCUGCCCAGUGGAAGAGGUUCCCCUCGGUGACUAGUUGAUAGCCUCAGUAUGACUGAUCCCCAUAUUCAGAGGAUAAUUGUCUUUUUUAUUUCUGUGAAGAGACGCUUCAUGACCAAGGCAAAUAGUAAGUGUUUAACUGCGGGCUUCCUUUCAGUUUGAGAGUCUAUGACAUUCUGGGGGAAAUGUGGGGAUGGGCAGGGCACCAGGCAGAGCAGAGCAGUGUAUAAGACUGGGCCUAGCUGGGCUUUUGAAACCUCAGAAGUCUGUCCAUCUCUCCUCCCUCCCCCGUCCAGUGACAUACCUUUUCCAACAAGGCUCCUAAUUCUUCCUAAACUGUCCGCCAACUAGGAACCAAACAUUAAAAUCUGUAAGGACCAUUCUCAUUUAAACAAUCACAGUGAUUGAUUGGGUACGUACGUGUUUGGACAUAGGAUUGUCUUUAGCUCGAGGUUGGAGGGGGCUAGACAGACAGUUGGGAGAUGGUUAACUGUGGGCAGAUUGAAGCACCACAGAACCUGCUGUUCCUGUGGGACACACAGGUAGUGGAGGACUUGGGAGCCUCAGCCAAGUGAGGCUGUAAGAGUUGGCUUCCCCUCGGGGCCUGAACAACAGCCUCUGACACUGAAUGCUAACUGCUCGGGAUUGGGGUAGUGCUUUCUUGUGUAAGCCCAGGUUGGUAUUCUGGUCUCCUGAAGUCAGCAUUUGGCGUCCUUAGCAGUAGGGGUGACCAUUUAGCUCUAGUACACACACAAGUAUAGUGACAGUAGUCACUUCUGGGAUCUAUCUCCCUGGCCAACAACUCACAGGAAACUAGACCACCACCCUGGGAUUGGAGUUUUUACUUAAUUAACAACCCUGCAGUUGCUGGAAGCACUCUAUGCACGUGUAAUGAACAGCUGCCGUUUAAAUAUAUGUGCCAUUUCUGUAGUCUGGAUUUUUUUUUCCUUUUUUUGGUGGCAUGUUACAGUCUUGGCAAAAAGUUCUCUUCACACAUUCCUUUUUGUAUAUACUGAUUUUACUGUUGGUGAAGCACAUCUGACCAAGCCAGUUCAGUCAGUCAGCAGGGUCUCCAGGGAGUGAGGAUUGAGGAGAAAACGUUAGACAGCAUGAUCACCUGACUCCACCCUGUCCUGAGACUGAAGCAGCUUCAUUUCUCUCCAGCCUGCUUUAUAUCCUCCUAGGUGCAUCCAAAAAACGUGGUCAGCUCUUAGAGCAAAGACAAAGUAAGCAAGCCAAGUAGUGAACAAGAAGAUCACUUAGGGUAGUAAGUAACGUAGUAGGCAAGGAGAUGGCCGAAGGUGGUGGUAAAGUCCCAUGGUCACUGUUUCUAAUAUUCUUAUCUGAGCAUACUUUCUUGUUGGAGCCCAGGGAGAAAUGCCAAAUUCUAGAAGCAGCACCAAAAGCCCUCAAUACACAUCCUGCUAGAUUCCACCUGCUUUGGGGUUUCUCUCUGUGGCUAACAAUUGCUCCAGUAUUAUUUUGUACAUUGGGCUUACCUUUCUUCAUGACAGGGAUAUGAAACCCAUUGGAACUGUCUGUUAAGUGGUUUUAUGUCUUGUCCCCCAGCCCUAGGACCCGUUACUUCUAAGGUAAACAUUGGGACACUAAGCACACAGUUGCUUAAGCUGUCCCACUCCCUAACCCACCCCCUCCCCAAAAUCUACUUUUUGAGGGAGAGCGUCAUAUUGAAGGAAGUUGUAGGAGUUGAAGGGGGUGUCGGGGUGCCAAUGAUCAAGAUGGAUUGUUUACAUGCAUGAAAUUGUCAAAAAUGAAUAAAUUCUAUUUAAACCGUG